GACAUUGUUUUCCAUAAUGUUGUUUUUGUUCAACUGUGUUACCUACUCCAGUUAGCAGGUGGCGAUGAGAGUCUUUCAGGUGACGCUUAUUGCGUGACGUAUAAUGUAGUGGACGGGAUGCUUUUUCUUCAACAACACUUCAGCCACCUCCGUAGAGUGCUAGCCAAAAUAAAACCACAACAUUGAAGCUCUUUGGGACAUUUUUGUUCAGAUUAACCUCAGUGUUUUAAACACACUGUCUGCGUAUUUACUAGUUACUCUAUUUAAUUGACUAGUUACGUUAUUAGCUCUCUAGCUAAGUAACACUCGGCUAAUGCUAACUAGCUUGCUAACAUCCUCGACCAUGAGCUCACUAAGCUUCUCCCUCCCUGCUAAAGAAGAGGUCUGCUGGACGGAGAAAGAUGUUCUCGUGAAAGAAGAGAAGGAAGAGGAGGCUGUUACAGUGAAAGAGGAGAAGGAAGAGGAGGCUGUUACAGUGAAAGAGGAGAAGGAAGGGGAGGCUGUUACAGUGAAAGAGGAGAAGGAAGGGGAGGCUGUUACAGUUAAACAAGAGGUAGAGGGUGAGGCUGUUACAGUGAAAGAAGAGGAAGAAUCUUUAAGAGUGAAAGAGGAGGAUGCAGUUUUUGGAAUGAAGGAGGAGGAGAUUACUGUCACGUUGGAGGAGACUGGAGAUCUGAUUAACACCAGAGAAAGACCAGACUCAGAGGAACCAGAGACGUCCAAACCAGCAAGACGACACCACUGCUCCCUCUGUGGAAAGGGUUUUAACCAGUUAAGGGACCUGAAACGACAUGAACGAAUACACACAGGGGAGAAGCCUUUCCAAUGCUCCCAGUGUGGAAAAAGUUUUUCCUUGUUAGCGAGCCUGACAAGACAUGAGAGGACACACACAGGAAAUAAGCCUCAUCACUGCUCUCAAUGUGGAAAGAUGUUUAUUCAGUUAGGGAACUUAAAAAUACAUGAGAGAAUACACACAGGGGAAAAACCUCAUCACUGCCCCCAGUGUGGAAAGAGCUUUCACCGGAAAGAAUACCUGAAAGAGCAUGAGAGCAUACACACAGGAGAGAAGCGAGAUAAACCUUUCCAAUGCUCCCAGUGUGGAAAGAGUUUUUCCUUGUUAGCGAGCCUGAAAAGACAUGAGAGGACACACACAGGAGAGAAGCCUCAUCACUGCCCCCAGUGUGGAAAGAGUUUUAACCUUAAAGAAUACCUGAAAGUGCAUGAGAGAAUACACACAGGGGAGAAGCCCUACCACUGCUCCCAAUGUGAAAAGAGUUUUGCUUGGUUAGGGUAUCUGAGAAGACAUGAGAGGACGCACACAGGAGAGAAGCCUCAUCAUUGCUCCCGGUGUGGAAAGAGUUUUACCCAGUUAGGUCACAUGAGAAGACAUGAAGAAUACACAGGAGAUAAGGAUGUAGGCUGA